GAGGAGGAGACUAGCUCAGCAGUGAGGGAAAGCCGUGGGGUAACCUGGCUGAACAACUGUCAAGGGGAAAGGCAGGAGUUUUCUCACUAUGGCUGGAACAAAGACACUUCUGGUGCUGGAAAACUUCAUAGGCGGAAAAUUCUUACCUUGUAACUCAUAUCUAGAUUCUUACGAUCCAUCCACCGGAGAGGUGUACAGCAGAGUGCCAGACAGUGGAAAAGAAGAGGUCGAGGCUGCGGUGGAGGCUGCCAGAGCCGCCUUCCCUGGCUGGUCGGCCAGGAGCCCGCAGGAGCGCUCGCAGGUGCUGCACCGCCUGGCGGACCUGCUGGAACAGUCCCUGGAGGAGCUGGCUCAGGCCGAAUCCAAGGACCAAGGGAAAACCAUUACCCUGGCAAGAACCAUGGACAUUCCCCGGUCUGUACAGAACUUCCGGUUCUUCGCCUCCUCCAUCCUGCACCACACCUCGGAGUGCACCCAGAUGGACCACAUGGGCUGUCUGCACUAUACCGUGCGGGCCCCUGUGGGGAUCGGUGUUCCACCAGGUGUGGUAAAUAUUGUGUUUGGAACAGGGCCCAGGGUAGGCGAGGCCCUGGUGUCCCAUCCAGAGGUGCCCCUCAUCUCCUUCACGGGGAGCCAGCCCACAGCCGAGCGGAUCACACAGCUGAGUGCUCCCCACUGCAAGAGGCUCUCCCUGGAGCUGGGGGGCAAGAACCCUGCCAUCAUCUUUGAGGAUGCCAACCUGGAGGAGUGUGUUCCAACCACGGUCAGGUCCAGCUUUGCCAACCAGGGUGAAAUCUGCCUCUGUACCAGCAGGAUCUUUGUCCAGAAGAGCAUCUAUAGUGAAUUUUUAAAGAGGUUUCUAGAAGCUACCAGACUAUGGAAAGUAGGCAUUCCCUCCGACCCAUCGGCCAGCAUGGGAGCUCUGAUAAGUAAAGCUCAUUUGGAGAAAGUCCGAAGUUACAUCAAGAAAGCUCGUGCUGAAGGGGCCCAGAUUCUGUGCGGUGAGGGAGUGGACAAGUUGAGUCUCCCCCCGAGGAAUCAGGGAGGCUAUUUUAUGCUUCCCACCGUGAUAACUGACAUUAAGGACGAGUCCUGCUGCAUGAAGGAAGAGAUAUUUGGUCCUGUGACGUGUGUUGUCCCCUUUGAUAGCGAAGAGGAAGUGAUUAAAAGAGCCAAUAGUGUCAAAUAUGGGCUGGCAGCGACCGUGUGGUCUAGCAACGUGGGGCGUGUCCACCGGGUGGCUAAGAAGUUGCAGUCAGGCUUGGUCUGGACCAAUUGCUGGCUCAUCAGGGAGCUGAAUCUUCCUUUCGGGGGGAUGAAGAGUUCUGGAGUAGGUAGAGAAGGAGCCAAGGAUUCUUAUGAAUUCUUCACGGAAGUCAAAACCAUCACCAUUAAACACUGACCUUGCCAGUGGAGAAGUUGUGAUGGUCAAUGCCUGGCUGCAGACAAUCAGUGGUGCAAUUUGGUGAAUGGAAAUAGUGGCAGAAAUUCCAGCCAGGGCUUGACUCAGCUGAAGGUUAUCUCUAGCUUAUCUUCAGUAGUUAGUAUUUUUACCUGCGUGGUGAAGAGAUGCUGUUUAUUUUUAAAGGUGAAGAAAAACAAUGUAAUACUUCUGCUUGGGGAGACACAAAAAGGAAGCCAAAGAAUUGUCCUCCUAUGUUGUGUGUUCAUAACAUUUAAAAAAAUCAUUUUGAUCCGAUUCUUGGAAAUUCACAGAUAAUCAGAUUUUUUUUUUUCAUUUGCAAGUGAGUA